AUGCAUGCAAUAGGGCCCCGGGCCCUUGCCUCAGCCUCCCGAGUCUCUGCGUCGUCAAGGUUAGCGCUGUCGGUCGCCCAUCGCAGCCAGUGUCGGCAAUUCCACCCGUCGUAUAGGUUACGGAAAAGUCCGUCCGAAGGCGCAGAGGACGGGAAACCGCCAGAGAAACCCGCCAGCGAGCCGCAGGAUGACGCCAGCAGCAGGAGCCGAGAUGAUGCUUUGAACAAGACCGAGACCAACUCGUCAGACUCGGCAUUCCGACGCUCGAGGGGCGGCGCCUUCGCUUCCGCGAGAGCGCGUCUUGCGAGACCACGGCCCGCUGACGAGCUCCCACCGGUUAAGCUACCGCAGAGCUUUCUUGAGACCGGCGUGUCGUUGUACGAUCCAGUGAACCGAAUCAACACCCUCACGAACGAUCUCUGGCACCAACGGUACAUGGGCGCCCGCUGGCACGAUCUUCUGUGGAAAGAUUUGGAUUUGGUAUUCAGCCACGCCUCCUGGAACAAAUCGAAGCUGGAAAAUGCGCUGCGCCAGGGAAAUUUGGAGGCCAUCGAGAGGAGGAAUCGAAUCCUGGCCGAGGCGUCACAGUGGCUGAGCCUUUCCAUCGACGAGAUGCGGUCCUCGAACAAUCUGCAGAGCUCUCGCGAGCCGCUGCCGACGACCGAGUUCGCAGACAUGCUUCGUUACUCGAACAAGUUCGUCCUGUCCAACCUCUUGUCGCAACACACCCGCGAAACCAUCGACGCCGAUACCGUACAGGAUCCCGACCAAGACAGUGUUCUGCAGUCGCUGGUUGAGCAAUACAUCGAGGAGGGACAGCCGAAGCCGAGGCGCGACGGACUUAGGCUUUUUGACCCUAGGAUCCGCGGCGAGGUCGUCACAGCGGUGCGCGCCGAGCUCUCUCUGCAGCCGGAUGCAAGCGCGGCGGGGAGAGAGCUCAAGAGACCUCUUACUGUUGUCAACAUCCCGAACUACACCGGCCGAAGUCACACCAAGAAGCUCAUGAAACACGUUGCGUCGUGCGUCGAGGCCGACCUCAUCCACCUCGAUGCGCAGGAGUUGGCAAUGCUCGUAGGCGACUACAUUGGACAGGAUUGCGCCUACUCGCGAGGUCCCAUGUCUAUGUUGGGAUACCGUGCGGCGGAGAUGAACGGGCGACUGGCCAAGACCGAAGAGCCGUCCAAGCCUAAUGAGGAGGACCUGUCCGGGGAGAUCGAGGCCGCCUGGGUCAACCUUCGGGAUCACGCUGUCGAUGGUGGCUACAACAGCCCCAUGGACAACGAGCUUCAGAAGAUCAAAGAGGGUGCUAAGGACUACGUUCUUCCCUCUGUAGACCGAUGGGAGAACCUCAAGAUCAAUGCCGUCCUCGAGGAGAUUGCCCACUCGGCCUCCAAGAUGACGUCGCAGCCCGACCGGAGCCUCAUCAUCCACGUGGACGACUUCGUUGAGCUCAACAUGACGCUCGAGGGAGCGUUGCUCAUCGGCAGGCUUCGCGCCAUCAUCGAUACGAUGUGGCGCGCUGGCAAAAAGGUCACGCUCGUCGGCACAUCGUCCAACGAGAACCCCUCGGACCAAUAUGCAUCGACGCUGAAAGAAAUCGCCGCCGAAGAGUGUCUUAUCCCUCUGCCCCUGAACUUCCAGCGCAUCACCAAUGCCAGCAACACCAAGAAGAUUUUCGAGGCCAACGACUACCUGCAGGAGAAUCUACGGAACAUCCAGCACAUGCUGAAGACAAUUGCCGGUCACUCGCCUGAUACGAGCAAGCUGCGCAUCGUCGGCGUGUCCAAGUCCUCACCUCCACAGUUCCUCCUCGACGACGCCGAGGGCUCUUACAUGGAAGUCUCACUGAUCCCCCGCGUCCUGGCCACCUCCAUCCUCCCCCUCGCCGACGUCUAUCACAUCACCCGCCUCUUCUACGCCUGCCAGGGCUCCGCCGACCCCGACCAGUCGUGGCGCGUGCUCUUCGACGUUGUCGAGUCCAGCAGCUACAGCACCGCCCAGAUGCACCGCCUCCAAGACCGGCCGACGCGCUCCAAGACCUCCGUCGCCGGCGGGAGCGCCGCCCCCUCCGACAUGCAGAAACCCGAGCCCGAACGCCUCCGCGUGUCGGGUAACUACAACGACUACGAGAAGAAGCUCCUCAGCGGCCUAGUCAACAGCAGCGAGAUCAAGACGACGUUCGACGACGUCCACGCCGACGCGGAGACCAAGAACAACCUCAAACUCCUCACGUCGCUGUCCCUCGUCCGCCCCGAGGCCUUUACCUACGGCGUCCUCGCUACGGACCGGAUCCCGGGCUGCCUCCUUUACGGGCCGCCGGGCACGGGCAAGACGCUUCUCGCCAAGGCCGUCGCCAAAGAAAGCGGCGCCAACAUGCUCGAGGUCAGCGGCGCCAGCAUCAACGACAUGUACGUGGGCCAGAGCGAGAAGAACGUGCGCGCCCUCUUCUCGCUCGCCAAGAAGCUGUCGCCGCUCGUCAUCUUCAUCGACGAGGCCGACGCUCUCCUCGCGGCCCGCGGGCAGCGCAACCGCGCCGCGCACCGCGAGACCAUCAACCAGUUCCUCCGUGAGUGGGACGGUAUGUCCGACACAAAAGCCUUCAUCAUGGUCGCCACCAACCGACCAUUCGACCUCGACGACGCCGUCCUCCGCCGCCUGCCGCGCAAGAUCCUCGUCGACCUGCCGCUGAAGCCGGACCGCGCCGCCAUCCUCCGCAUCCUCCUCAAGGGCGAAGAUCUGGACGCCUCCGUCUCCGUCGACGACAUCGCGCGCAAGACGGUGCUGUACUCUGGCUCCGAUCUCAAGAACCUUUGCGUCGCCGCCGCCAUGACGGCCGUCCAAGAGGAGAGCGAAGAGGCCGCCAGGCACACGGGGCCGGCGCCCUACGUGUUCCCACCCAAGCGCACGCUGAGGAAGGAUCACUUUGACAAGGCGCUCAAAAUGAUCGCCGCCAGUGUCAGCGAGGACAUGGACAGCCUCAAGAGCAUCCGACGGUUCGACGAGAAGUACGGCGACGUACGGGCGAAGAACAGCCAGAAGAAGAGGGGCAUGGGCUUCGGCGUGCUGCCGACGUCGGCAGAUGCCGAGGAGGCCCGGGUCCGUCAAGCUGUUGCAUAG